AUGUUCUGUUCCCAAUAUGCCAAAUCCGAUAAUUGCCCUCUGAAUGUCUGCUGCAGCAAGUAUGGUUUCUGUGGAACAACCACAGACUUUUGUGGCGACACCACUGUUGUUGAGCCAGUAUGCGAUGGAACCUCGGCAACGAAGAAGACUAUCGCGUACUAUGAGGGUUGGAACUCUGAACGAGCCUGUGACACCAUGCCACCUGAGAACAUCCCAAUUGGCGGCUACACACACAUCAAUUUCGCUUUUCUGUACAUUGACCCUAAUCUUUACACAAUAACGCCUAUGGAAACAUCUCAACAAGAGCUCUACAGUCGCGUGACCGCACUUAAAAAGCGCAAGAAGGGCUUGGAAGUCUGGAUAUCUGUCGGUGGAUGGGCCUUUAAUGAUCCUGGGCCAACUGCUACCACCUUUUCCGAGCUGGCGGCAUCUAAGUCCAAGCAAUCGACCUUUUUCGGGUCAUUGCUGAGCUUUUUGGAUAAAUACGGAUUCGAUGGUGUGGAUUUGGAUUGGGAAUACCCAGUUGACUCUGAUCGCGGUGGAUCAGAUGCUGACUAUGAAAACUACCCAACUUUCUUGGCAAAUCUUCGCUCUGCGCUUGAUAGCGCAGGUAAAGGCUAUGGUUUAACAAUUACUCUACCCAGUAGCUACUGGUAUCUUCAGAAUUUUGAUAUCGUGAAGAUAGCAAAGAGUGUUGAUUGGUUCAACAUGAUGACAUACGAUCUUCACGGUGGCUGGGAUGCAGCUGAUCCUUGGAUUGGAUCUGUUGUCAACGCACAUACCAAUCUUACUGAGAUCGUCUCGGCCAUGGAUCUUCUGUGGCGAAGUGACAUUCAUCCCUCUCAAGUUGUGAUGGGACUGGGGUUCUAUGGCCGAAGCUUUAUUCUUAAAGAUACGUCAUGCAUCACAGCAGGAUGUCCUUUCUCGACAGUUGGUAAUCCGGGCGAAUGCACAAACAGUGCUGGCACGCUUUCAUUCUCAGAAAUUGAAGCAAUUCUGAAAGAUCCAUCUCGCAAUGCCACACAGACCUACGAUAAAACUUCUUCAGUUCAAAUCGUGACAUUUGAUGAGAAUCAAUGGGUGAGCUAUGAUAACUGGGCUUCGUUUCAGGCAAAGUUGGACUACGCGAAUUCCCAUUGUAUUGGAGGAACAAUGGUCUGGGCUGUCAGUUUGGACGUCGACGGAACAGCGACCAAUGGACUUAGCGGAGCUUCUGUUGUUUUUCCCGGUGACAACGGUUCCAAUGGAGGAAGUGGAGAUAUUUAUAUCGGGCCUGAUCUGUGGACAAAUGCAACCAAGGAGAUCUCUUGCGAGCCACCCUGCACUAUCAUCCUACCCCCCUUCCCACUAGCGUCACCUAUAACGAUUGACUGGCCACCAUACCAGACUACCAUUGCAUCAAGCUCCAACGGGGUCACAUUAACCAAAACCACUAUAAUUACCGUUGCUCCCUUCACUGUCAACGAGAUACCAUUCUGGCCUAUUACUGUGGCGACAACUGGCGGAAAUGCCUUCUUGAGCCCUAUGCAGAGUGUUGCUCCACCAACCUUUGGUCUGACUUUGCCACAAAGUGAAGCUACUUUCCCCCUUUUCCAUACUGAUUACAGUACCACUCUUACUGCCACAACAUCAACAGCAAAUGCUACCGUGCCAUCCGUCACAACCCCUACUGCUGUCCAAAGCGGGAUUGUUUCCGAUUGUACAAAGUUCUAUCAAGCAAUCGCCGACGAUGGAUGCUAUUCCAUUGCAACUGCGCACAACAUUACACUUGCGCAAUUUAUUCAAUGGAACCCGGCGGUAAAUUCAGAUUGUUCGGGACUCUGGGUCGAUGAAUAUUAUUGCGUCGCUGUUGCUAAAGCUACAAGUACUACUUCGUACACACCCAUCCUCGUCACCUUCUUUGACAAUUCACAUGUUAUUAGCGUGGCGCCUCAGCCGACGGCGACAUCAAUACAACCCCCCGGAACAAGCAUCCCCAUACUCACGUACUCCGACGGCGAGGCACCCUCAAAUGGAGGAUGUAGUUCUGGUGGCGGCGCUACUGGUUGUGGAAAGAUCGAUUGUUCCCUCUUUGGUUGUGGGGGUAAAUGUGGAUUCUUUGGGUGUGAUGGAGGUUGUGGCUUGGGAUUUUGCGGAGGAGGCUGUGGUCUACUCGGUUGCGGACCUGGAUGCGGAGCUGGGAGCUGUCUGCAAGCAGGAGGUGGCGGUGGCUCCGAGGAAGAAGAGACAUCAACAUCUGAAUCGUGCAGAGCAACUGCCACGCCCUCUGUCACGACUGUUUGUGACUAUGCCUGUCCAGACGGGGCAUCGACGUCCUGUGCCACUCUCUGCACCUCGUUGACGAUGAAUAGCUGUGAGCCUACCGGGUUUAUUAAUUUCUCCCCAGGGACUGUGGACGCAGAUUCGAUGCCACUCACGUUACUUGAGGGCUCCGAUGAUGCCUUGGCCUCUAUCGCCGCAUCUGUGGCAUCUUGGUUGAACCCGCUAUACACUAGCCUAGAUCCUGUCAUGACGAGUGGCACCACCAUGACUGCAUCGGCGACAGCGCCAGCUGUGACGACGUCUGCUUCAACAACUACCGCUACUGCUAUCUCGGCCUCGUCUUGCGAUAUCAAAAGCACCAGCCUUUCCUCCUACUGCUCAUGUGAUGGAGGAUACGGUGUCUCAUUGUCAACAAAGGCCAACAAGUCCAAAACCACUUUUUUGGUCUGCGAUGUCACCCCAGCCCUGACAAUUUCCACAAUCACGCCGACUACAACCAGCACCAAGUCCCACACUCCUUCCACGACCACUUCUGGCAGCGAGUCUACGUCGACGGCCGUUGCGCUAUAUCUGACCUACUUUUCUGCCUCUGAGUGCCCCACUGGGUUCACAUGCGAGGAUGACGGGAAAUGGAAUGCGGUUAUGGUAGACAAUGGUUUGAGUUAUGGACCGGCUGUGCCUAUCCAAGGCACGUGGAACCAGGAUGGCAUGGUUGAUGGAAGCCAAGCAACAUUCUGUGAUCAAACUUCGACUUUCACAGUCGAUGGCGAUAACAUCAAGGGGUCAAGCAAUGUCAGUCAGUAUGGCUCAUAUGUUUGCAAGAAGCAAGCUAUUCCUCCACAGAAUACCUGGUAUGAUCCAGAGAAUACAGUAUCCUAUGAUAUUGAAGGGGCAUGGACGUGUUUUACAGACAUCUGUGGCUUAACAUAG